UAUUUAAGCUAUGUCCGGACGGACGCGCAUGCUUAGUCGGUCGUCACAAUUGAAGCUGUUCGUGUGGAACGACGUGGGACCACGGUACGGGAGAUAACUCUAGGUGUCUCGGUAGAGUGGAAGGAUUCACCAAAGGACUGUGCAGAAUAUGAUGUGAAUCCGAUCAGAUAUAGCAAGGCUUAGUGCUUAAACAGUGACUUAUGACAUUGGUAGUGGAUCUUGUGACAUGAUAUAAAUGAAGUUAAGUGUUUGUUGAAAACGGAUGCUUUAAUACAGUUUCGUGUGUGUUUGUGUCAUUAAGUGUGUAAACUAACUGGUGGAUCGAGUUAAGGGCUGACUUACAGUGAAGCGUAAUCUACAAACGAGAGCUCCAAGGAGCCUACAACAGCGCAUCCCUUCAACUAUAACGCCACUGAGUGGUUUACUGCUUCAAAAUGUUAGGAUUUCGAGCGGUCGGAAUCCUGCUGCUUGUUCAGCAGGCCAGCUUUUCCGUUGCGCAACUGUUUGGAGCUAGCCAGAAUGCGCUCGCACCGGUAGGAAACCAGCGAAACGUGCUCCGCCAGGGCGAUGGGGCCGGUGGCCACGAUCACACCCACAUCGAGACGAUCGAUGUGAAAUGUGAUCAGCGCAACGGCAUGCUCGUCACGGUACAGUUUGAGGAUGACUUUCGGGGUGUAAUCUACAGCCAGGGCUACCACAACGAUCCCAAGUGCCGAUACGUGCAGGCGAACCAGGGUGGCAAGCAGUUUACCUUCACCGUACCGUACGACCGGUGCGGCAGCAAGCCAUCCUGUGCCGUGUGUGCCUCGGUCGACAAUGUGCUCGUCAUACAGACGGACGAGGAAGUGCAGGAGGCCUGGGAUACAGCCCGACGCAUAUCCUGUAGCCAGAGCGAGCAGCAGCAGAACACGAUCAUUUUCAAGCCGUUCGUCGUCGACCAGCUGGAGGUGGUGAAUGUGCCUACCUCCACCGGUGGUGUCGAGUGUUGGAUGGACAUCCAGCGUGGGCUCUAUCCGAACAUUUCGCCCAUCCCGAGCAUCAUCAAAAUCGGCGAGGCGCUCAGUGUGCUGGUGUACUUGCGCGAUCCUAAAGGCGAAUACGACGUGUCGGUGAAGGAUUGCUAUGCGUUUGAUAGUCCCGAUUAUGAUGCGGCAUCGACUGCCCGGCUUCAGCUGUCGGACAAGAACGGAUGCUCGCGCAAGAAAAAACUUUUUGGGCUGUGGCAAAAGACGACGCAGACGGGCAGCUCGGGCGCUACAUUGGUAGUGCACAACAGCAUCAAAGCGUUCAAGUUCCCCGACCGUAUGCAGGUAUUCCUGAAGUGUGACAUCGAAAUCUGUCGCGGAGGCUGUGGACCACAGGUAUGUGCCGAGGAGAAUCUGAUCAGCACGGUUGAAACGUCUACCAGACGUCCAUCACCAACGCGCGGACGACCAACACAAACGACUUCGCUUGCUCCGGCUGUUCCAACGCGAGGACGUCGCCCACCGGUAACGCCGGUGCCAACCCAACCCGAAUAUACCGUCCCGGUAACGCAACCUCCACGACGCGGUACACGACCACCGCGCCCGGUAGAAACGACUCCGGCAACGGCUCCACCACGGCGCACUCGUCCACCAAAUACACGGGCACCUACGGUGGUGUCGACGACACAGUUUACAUGCUUGCCCGGUUCAACAGAUGAUCGCUGUAAUGAUGUGAUCGUCACUCAGCGUCCGGACUGUUCCCGCGGCUCGCGCGAUCCACGUUGUCGGUCUCGAGGCACACGACCGACACCAACGACCACCGAAACGACACCGGCCCCGCUUCGAUGCUUCCCCGGCUCAACGGAUCCUCGCUGCCCGACCACCUUCCGUCCAUCGGUACGCCCAACAAGGCCAGUACCAUCGCCUACAGCGCCACGCUUCUCAACCACUACUGAAGAGGACGAUGACAGCAUACCAAACUGUUUGCUACGAUCCAAUGACCCGCGGUGUGAAGAAGUAUCGAUCUUCUUGCCGGUUAUUCCUCAAGAGCAGGUGACUACAAAGCCACCGGUAGUACCCACUGUGCCAUCAGUAACGCCCAGUACGGCUUUGAACUGUUUCCCGGGCUCGAACGAUCCUCGCUGCAGAACGCCUGUACUUCGUUGUCCACCGGGAACGACCGAUCCUCGUUGUCCAGGAUUUGUUCGUCCACAAGAACCGAAGGAAACGGCCACAUAUUUACCACCAGUUGAUAAGCCUAACUGUUAUCCGGGAUCAACUGACCCACGCUGUCCGACGACUACCCGUCCGACACCCACCACUCAACCGCCACUGCGUUGCUAUCCAGGAUCUACUGAUCCACGGUGUCCGCAGACUACUCCUCGUCCAGUGCCAACGACCACUCCUGCUCCUCGAUGCUAUCCUGGAUCCAACGAUCCUCGAUGCCCUACUACACCUAGGCCAACACCUACUACUCAGCCACCUCUUCGCUGCUAUCCAGGCUCUAAUGAUCCUCGUUGCCCAACCACUCCUCGACCGGUUCCAACAACCACGCCAGCUCCUGUUUGCUAUCCCGGCUCAACAGAUCCUCGCUGUCCUAAACCAACGCCAACAACCCAGCCACCACUGCGUUGUUACCCAGGAUCUACUGAUCCUCGCUGCCCACAAACUACUCCACGUCCAGUGCCAACAACCACACCAGCUCCUCGCUGUUAUCCUGGAUCCAACGAUCCUCGAUGCCCAACCACUACAAGACCGGUUCCAACAACCACGCCAGCUCCAGUUUGCUAUCCUGGCUCAACUGAUCCGCGCUGCCCAAAACCAACUCCAACGACUCAGCCUCCCCUGCGGUGCUAUCCAGGAUCAACUGAUCCUCGUUGCCCACAAACAACACCUCGCCCAGUGCCAACCACAACACCUGUCCCACGUUGCUAUCCAGGAUCGACUGAUGCUCGAUGCCCGCAGACCACUCCGAGACCAGUGCCAACAACCACGCCAGCUCCGGUUUGCUACCCCGGUUCAACCGAUCCUCGUUGUCCAAAACCAACACCAACGACACAGCCACCACUGCGGUGCUACCCAGGGUCGACCGAUCUUCGCUGCCCACAGACAACGCCUCGUCCUGUACCCACAACAACACCACGUCCUGUCCCAACAACGACUCGUGCACCCGUUUGCUAUCCAGGAUCCACUGAUCCUCGCUGCCCUCAAACUACCACGCGUCCCGUACCUACAACUACUCCAGCUCUACGUUGUUAUCCUGGCUCGACCGAUCCUCGGUGUCCCCAGACAACUCCUCGCCCUAGUCCAAAGUGUUAUCCAGGUUCGCUUGACCCCCAGUGUUCUGACAAGCAGGAUUCGGAAACAUAUCUGCCUCCAGUGGAAGUUCCAAGGCCUACUACAACGCAGCGUCCAGCAUGCUAUCCAGGAUCGACCGACCCUCGAUGCCCGCAAACUACUCCUCGCCCAGUACCAACCACUACACCAGCUCCACGCUGUUAUCCAGGAUCGUCAGAUCCACGGUGCCCUCAAACUACACCCCGCCCAGUGCCAACAACUACACCAGCUCCUGUUUGCUAUCCGGGUUCAUCGGAUCCUCGCUGUCCAAAACCAACACCAACGACUCAGCCUCCACUGCGCUGCUACCCCGGAUCUACUGAUCCUCGAUGCCCGCAGACGACUCCACGACCGGUACCAACAACCACACCAGCACCAGUUUGUUAUCCAGGAUCUACUGAUCCACGGUGUCCUCAAACUACUCCUCGUCCAGUGCCAACCACUACACCAGCUCUACGAUGCUAUCCAGGCUCAAAUGAUCCUCGAUGCCCGACCACUCCAAGACCAACAACUACUCAGCCACCACUUCGCUGUUACCCAGGAUCGACGGAUCCUCGUUGCCCACAAACUACUCCUCGUUCAGUGCCAACCACUACACCUGCUCCUCGGUGCUACCCCGGCUCUAAUGAUCCUCGCUGCCCUACCACUCCUCGACCGGUUCCAACAACCACGCCAGCUCCUCGGUGCUAUCCUGGAUCCAACGAUCCUCGUUGCCCAACCACUCCAAGACCGGUUCCAACAACCACGCCAGCUCCGGUUUGCUAUCCAGGCUCAACUGAUCCUCGCUGCCCUAAACCAACACCAACAACCCAGCCACCACUGCGUUGUUACCCAGGAUCGACGGAUCCUCGUUGCCCACAAACUACUCCUCGUCCAGCGCCAACCACUACUCCUGCUCCUCGGUGCUAUCCUGGAUCCAACGAUCCUCGAUGCCCAACCACUCCAAGACCGAUUCCAACAACCACGCCAGCUCCGGUUUGCUAUCCCGGUUCAACGGAUCCUCGGUGUCCUAAACCAACUCCAACGACUCAGCCUCCCCUGCGGUGCUACCCAGGAUCAACUGAUCCUCGAUGCCCACAAACAACACCUCGCCCAGUGCCAACCACAACAUCUGCGCCACGUUGCUAUCCUGGAUCCAACGAUCCUCGUUGCCCAACCACUCCUAGACCAACAACAACUACACAACCACCACUACGGUGCUACCCAGGAUCGACAGAUCCGCGCUGUCCGCAAACAACUCCUCGCCCAGUGCCCACUACCACACCAGCACCACGUUGUUACCCAGGCUCAAAUGAUCCCAGAUGUCCUACAACACCCCGUCCCCCACCAACAACUCAGCCACCACUCCGUUGCUACCCCGGUUCAAACGAUCCUCGCUGUCCGCAAACCACAUCCCGCCCAGCACCAACCACUACACCGGCCCCUAGAUGUUUCCCCGGAUCGAACGAUCCUCGCUGUCCUACCACGCCAAGACCAACACUGCCACCAACACAGCCACCACUUCGUUGUUACCCCGGUUCGAACGAUCCACGCUGCCCGCAAACUACUCCUCGCCCGGUACCAACGACACGUCAACCGUGCUAUCCGGGUUCACUCGAUCCCGCUUGUCCGCGACCAUUUGUCCCAACCACGCCAUCCGCCUGCUAUCCGGGCUCACCCGAUCCCAACUGCCCACAGCCUUACCGACCAAGCAGCACUAAUCCUCCUGCUACUUAUUUGCCACCGUUCCCUGCCGAAUCGGGUGCCCGCUCAGCCCGACAUCUUAGCCCCGAAACGCUGAACGACAUUAACGCGCUGGCCGAUUCGACCGACGCUGUCGCGGAUGCUGCCGGUUCGGUGGCUGCAGAUGGGGAAGGUGCUGCCGAUUCAUCUUCCCUGACCGGUGUAGCAAGAACGAAGCGUGAUAGCAGCCUGUCGAACGAUUUGGACGGAGAACCGGCAAAGGAAAUCAUCUCCAUUACGCUCAACAUUAAGGGUUACCAGUUCGAGCCGGAUACGUAAGGACUCGAGCGUCACCUGCUGCCGAAUCACCUGCUGUCUGUCUGCAUAAUACUCAUCCGCGGGGAAAAUGAACCCCGCAAGCCAAUAUAUUCAACAACGUCAGCCAAACGCAAGUCACGCUACUUUCAGAAUUGUUCUUCAUCACCCGGUCAGGGUCUUUGUCUGUGCGCGUUGCGAUAGGAUGUAGAAAUCAUUGUAAAUAAAUUAAAUAAAAUUCUCCCCACCGUCCAAUCCAAUGGGCGGGUAUGGCUGUAAUAAUAAAACC